CCGCUCGUCUGUAUUGACGCUAACGGGAGGAAGCGUCCAGCUCGCCCGCAUUCCUCCUCUGUCGACAGCCUCGUUGGGGCAGAGUGAGGCACAAGAAGAAAGGAGGCCAUCAAAGAAGAAGGCGUCAAAUUAUAUUUUUUGUUUUCCCCUUACCACCAAAGCGAGUUGGAUGUUUAUAAAUCAGGAAUAGUCGACUCUUACACCGGACCGUGUGACCAAAUAUGGGCCGUGACUAAAUAGCAAGUACGUCAGGACUGUCGACUUUUGGACCUGAAGAGAGAAGAGUAUGAUCAAACAGAAACCAAAAAAACCCGACCGUUUUUAGUCACCGUGUCGUCGUUAAUAUUGUGUAAAUAGUCGAAAGGCUUCGGUGAAACGACCUCCAACCUUUUUCACGGUGGAUAUCCUCUGUAUUAUUUUUUUUUUAUAUCAAGAUGGCUGAUGACAGCAGCUAGCCCGUAUAACAAGGACAGCGGAGCGACUUCCCCUUUUAAUAUCCUCAUAUUUUUAUAUUCUAACCCUGGAACGGUUACAAAUAUAUAUUUAAGAAAAUAAUGUAUAUGUUGUAUGCAAGCAAGGGAUGCGUUUGUGAGGAUAGUGUGGUUUAAAAAAUGUGUACCUGUGCUACAAAAUGGUGAGGUGAGUCACUUCGUUUUUUCCCCCCCACGAUUUUUGUCGAGAUAAGUCGAUUAAAUAUGUCGUUGGUCGACGGCGGGGGCGAGAGCAGGCGAAUAAGCAGAAAGUAAGAUUUAAGUCAUAACUUAAGAAUAAUUGUAUUUUUUGUGAAAGGAGGGAGGAGCUUAUUCGAUCGAUGAGUGUCGAAGCAAGCAACAUUCCUGCAGAUCCUUAAGCUAAAUAAAUGCUCUUUUGUUCAGUGGUUUCGAUUGGAGCCCUUAAAAAAGCGACAACUAUGCAGUGAAACCGCAUCCAAAGCAACGGCCCGGCUAUGCAUUUAUGAUUUCUCCAUCUAAUAAGAUUAGUAGGCCCUUUUGUUAUCGAGUGGAAAGUGCCAGAGAGAGCCGCGGCCUUGUCUGUAUGUGUGCGAGUGUUUGGAUUAUUAUUCAUCUCAUGGAAAUGGCGUUUCACGUCAAAACAAAACCGAGGCGUUUUUAAUCGGAAUCUGUUGUGGGCCGCUGUGCACUUAACCGAGCCGAGCCUCCUGUGCUGCUCUGUUAGGUAUUUCUGGAGAGUGACUGUUAUAGGUUUAGUGUCAGGUUUAAAAAAUAAAAAAUAAAGCAUUAAUCAGGGUGUGGGAGCAGGUACACGAACACGCCCCUGGCAGCUGUCAGUGCACGUGCAGGAGGUCGUGUGCUCAUUUGCAUAUUUGGCUGCCCCCCCUGGCUUAGUUAUCUGUGCCUUGUUUGGAUUCCAAGGUUUUACCUGCAGGCUGCUUCUUCCUGUAGGCCACACACAAUCACUCCCUGUGUGUUUGUGUGUCACAGUUUACAGUAAUCUUGUAACGUCAGCCUCACUCUGUGUGUUCUCAUUUUGGUUAGUUUUCCGGAACUUGCCGCAGCAAUAACUAACAAGUCAGGGUGUCAGCGCAAAGGUAAACGCACACUUUAAGGACAGUGUCAGGUUUUUUUUUCUGGGAAGGGUGUUGUGGGGGGGAGGCUCGGGUUUCGUGAGAACACAGACCGAAACCCCGAGGCAUUUUUUUGUAUGCCUGCUCCCGCCACCAUGGCGUCUGACAUGGCCGAGACGUGGAAGAACUGCUUCGAGGAGGAGCUCAUCUGCCCCAUCUGCCUGCACGUCUUCUCCGAGCCCAUCCAGCUGCCCUGCAAGCACAAUUUCUGUCGGGCGUGCAUCAGCGAGGCCUGGGCCAAGGACUCCACGUUGGCCCGCUGCCCCGAAUGCAACCACGCGUACAGCCAAAAGCCCAGCCUGGAGAAGAACCACAAGCUUUCCAACAUCGUGGAGAAGUACAAUGCCCUCAGCGUGGAAAAGGCGUCCGUGCCGCCGCCUCAAUGCAUUCUGUGCCGACGUGGCCCCCCGCUGCCCGCCGUUAAGGUGUGCCUGCGCUGCAACGCGCCGUGCUGCCAGUCGCACGUGCAGACCCACUUGCAGCAGCCCUGCUCGGCGCUCGGGCAUCUGUUGGUGGAGGCCGAGGCGGUCAAGGCGUGGACGUGCCCGCAGCACGACGAGUACCGGCUGUAUCACUGCGAGGCUGAGCAGACUGCGGUGUGCCAAUACUGUUGCUUCGCCCGCUGUCACCCCAGCCACGGGCACGCCGUCGCCGACGUGGAGCUGCGCCGCAACGACAUCAGACAAAGCCUACUGAAGCAGCAGGAGCGUGUGGAGGACCGCGUGCAGGAGAUCGAGGAGCAGCUAUGCAAGCUAGACUCGGACAAGUGCGUGGUGGAGGACCGUGUGCUGGAGCUGAAGGAGGACGUGCGCCUGCAGUACCAGCGCAUGCAUCAGCUCCUGGAGGAGGACCUGGGUCGCACGCUGGAGGCGCUCGAGCGGGCGCAGGCGCGCUUCUGCCAGGAGAACGCCGCCCAAGUCUUGGCGCUGGGUGAGCAGCGGCACGAGGCGCACAAGCUGCUGAGUGCCAUCAACACGGCGUUCGGAAAGGCGGAGGAGCUGGGCUUCAUGAAGAACACCAAGCCCGUCAAGAUCCUCGCUGACAGGUCUCAGGCGUGCGUGGGGAGCACUCUGCCGCCCUACAAGGUGGGCAAUUUGAACGCCAAGCUCUUCCUCUCGGAGAUCUCCAAGCGGGAGAAAAGCUUGAAGAGAACGCUGGAAGCUCCGCUCACCCCUCCCUCCACCUUCCUGCAAUCUGUCCCGGCCUUCCCCAGCUACCAAAGCUCAGCCUCGGGAGUAGAGAAACGGAAACAUUCCGCCGCCUUCCCGGAAGGAAACUCGAGCAAAAACGGCACGGCGAGUUUCAAAGAUGGCUCUUCUUCCUCCUCCUCUUCUUCCUCGAGCAAGCAGCCCUACCUGGGCUCCUCCUCGUCCUCCGGAGAAGGUCAGUCUGCCAAUCAGCCCUGCGGCCCACCGCACAUCACGGACGGCGCCAACCACCAUUCCGGCUCAGUCUUCGGCUCCUCACACUUCCCCCCCGCCGGCGGCGGGGGCGGCGGCACCGGGGGCUCCUCGCACUCCUCCCAGCAGACCGUGCUGCCGCAGUACGGCGGGCGCAAGAUCCUGGUGUGCACCAUGGAUAACUGCUAUUGCUCCGGGGUGCCGUCCGUGUCGGGCCACCGCGCCCACCCGCCGUACCCGCGCUCGGGCUCCUUCCCCUGGGUCAGCGCGCAGGACUACCCCCCGCCGCCCGGCCUGGCCUCUGGGGGGCCGUCCAUGCAGGGCCUGGCAGUGCGCGACUGGAUUGACGCCUCGCAGUCGCACAGACACGCCGACUUCUACGGGCUGUACGGGCAGCCCUCCGCAAAGCACUACGUCACUAGUUAACACACACAUACACAUGCAUACAGACCACACACAGCAAAAUGUGUAAUCCCUUGCUAUUUGCAAAGAAUGGGUGACCUCCUAAUAGCCUAUAUUAGUAGUUUAAACUGUAAAUCUACCACCAACAAUAUCGUCACAUUUUUUUCCCCCCUCGUUUCUAACUCAUUUUACAUUUCCCUUAAAAAUAAAUUGGCCCUUUUUUGUUCAGAAAGAGCACAAAAAUUUGAACCGCAAAUAUGCAGGGGAUUACGAUAGACUGCUUUAAAGCCGUUAUAGCCUACACACAUUUAAACUGUACACACACACACACACACCUCUAGAAUACAAUGUAUACACAUUCGGGGGCAGGGUCGAUUGCUUUUUAUUUUUAUUUUAUUUUCCGUCAGUGUUGUAAAAUGUACGUUAAAAGCGUUAAAAAGGAAGCAUCGAGAAACCCGAGCGAGUUUUAAGAGACUCUGAGGGAGGAGGCAGAAGAGGAGCUGUUAUUUAUAGAGUGAGAGAUGGAAAUGAACUUUUAAUGGGUGGGCCAAGAAAAAGGAAAAAGACUCAAGUGUUCCCGGUUCAGCAUCCACCGAGGUCCGUUGCCUUACGUCGUUGUCAUGAAAGCCUUUUUUUUUUGGGGGUGGGGGGGGCGGUCCCCUCUGUUGUGGCACUUGUUACUGCUUCCCAAGCUCUUCCACCCAAUACCCACAAUGCACUUGUAGGACGCUUUCCCGUAACCCCCCACCCCCUCAACUUCACGAGAAAUAAGAGCCCAGAGUGGCGAGACCAAACCAAUCAGGCGUCAAGUGGAAGAGGAUCUGACGACGCUGUUUCACGUACUUCCUUCAGGGCGAUGAUGUCACUUCCAUUCAGUAAGCACACACACUCACACAUACGUGAUAGCGCUUGGCUUCCUCUUUGCUGCUGUAAGCACGCAAAGGAAGACAUUUUUUUUAAGCACUCAGAAGAAGAGACAUUGUAUGCAGUUAAAAAAAAAAAGGACUGUACCAUGAUCUACUUUUUCUAAAAGAAUGAGAAUGGACCGGUCAUCCUUCUUACAUAGAAGCCAUUAAGGACACUUGACUGUGAGAGAAAGUA